AUGGCCAGCUUUCACCAGAGACUGCCCUUUCUGGCUUCAGUUGAGAUCUUGUCCGUGUUGCCGGCAUCCUCACUGCGAAAUGUGAGGUCCACGUCGAAAACCGUGAGAGCAAUGAUGGAGUCAACGGUUUUCCAGGAGGCCGUGCGAUUACGCCCCAAGGAGCUCGUGGUUGUGAGAGCGGGCACUGGCAAGAAAAUGGUCCAGCAGGCUAGAAAUCUGAUCAACGCUUUCAUGACUCCUUCAUGCCCCAUGCAGUCCGUACGCUUGGAGUUGGAGAAGUUGGAGGAAGGCGACAAGAAAUCAAUGUCCUUUGAGAGCCCCUACUACAAGUUCCUGCAGCUCCGAGAGGGUGGUGAGCAGGCCCAUGCAGUGCCCUUUGAACACGACCUUCAACUCAAUGGCUUGGACCCGAAGGAUGCCAAAGGCCCUUUGCGGAAGGCCUGGUGGGCCUCGGUGCGCAGCGUCCUGGACGCCAGGCCAAUCCCGGCCUCAGCGCGCGUCUUGCUUCUUGGAGAGAGACGCUUGGGAGGAAGGAGCGCGUAUUCCCUGGCCAUGGCUUUGGUUUGGACUGGCAAGGACUACGGCGUGCUGAAGUGCCACUUGGACCCCGCUUAUUUGGACUGCUCCAUUGUCUGCGGCGGCGGCAUCAAGGAGAGAGCUGUGAGAGCAGCUCUGGAAAAACUCGAAAAGUCGAAGGCGAGCAGCUUCAAAGCUUUCCUGGCAGCUUUUGAGACUGCCCUGGACAGGAUGAUGAAAUGCCGUUCUUGGGCCGAUGAGUGGAGUUACCCGCCCCUGGAAGAUGAGGAAGAUGAGGAUCGCAUAGACGACUACUAUCAGGACGAAGAGAUCUUAGAGAGUUAUUUUCGUGCGCUUGACGAGCCAGAUUUGGGCUCAUGGCGCUUUGGGAAGUGA